AUGAUUCCGAAGAGAGUAGACUAUGUUGGAUUUACAAGUGACAAGAAUGAAAAUUGUCAAUUAAAAGAUAAGAUUGAUGGAGUUUACCAUUCGUCGAGAUGUAAUCAUGCACUUGGUUUCUACAAGUACGAAAUUGCAACUGAAAACGGCAAACAUUAUUUAAUGAAAAGAUCAUACAACACUGUUGACUGUCUUCCAGGAGACUUUGACAAUAGCGAUACGGAAAAGACUUUGUGUAAUGUCUGUGUCAAUGGAGUGUUAACUAUGUGUUAUGGCGUUGAUGGUGUUCCAGCUUAUGUGGACUUCACAAAAAACUGCUGA